UGUUAUUGUGACUAUUGAUUGCAUGAUGCAGUAUUUUUAGUUCAAUUACACCGAUUUUUUGGGGCUUCCACCUCGAUAGCGACUGGAUUUUCGUAAAAUGAAAGCUUAAUGAAAUGCGGAAGUGAGACCAGACGUAAUUCGGAGAUUGGAGGCGGCAUCGCAUGACGUCACUUCUGCUUUCAGCCAAUCAUAUCCCAUUAUGUAGAUGAUUUCAGGGUGGAGGCCGUCACCCUGCCUAGCGCCUCUACUAACCUCGGACUCGGCGUGACGGCGGCAACCGGUCGCGGAGCCGCCCCCCUCGCCCCCUCGCCGCCCGUCGCCCCCCUCGACGCCGCCGCCGCCGCCGCCGCCGCCGCCAGGGAAGAGCCCCGCCGCCGCCGCCGCCGCCCCUACCUCGACGACCGCUCACUGCCAGGACCGCCAUCGUCCAGCCCGACCCGAGACCAGGACCGAAAUCACACCGGGACAGCCGUCGCCCGCCCCUACACACAUGUCGCAGCUGCACUCCCCGCGCCUCGCCAAUCCUUAGGUCUUGUUUGCCGCCAUCGUGCCGCCCUCGCGUGCUCCCGGCAUGGCCCAGCUGGAAAUACCGUCCAUAGUGGUUCACAACGGAUCAAGCAGCACGCCGGGCAGCCCCAGCAUGGAGCGCCCCUCCAGAUCACUGCGCCAGCACCGUACCCUCUCAAAGCAGAUUUCCCUCCUGGACGACGACUGCGAUGAAGGCUUGGACGACAGCAGGGACUUGCUGCCUGAGAGUCCAACCUCACACGGUGCCAACCACAGCCUCUCGGCCACCACUGCUGGUCUUGAUGAAGUGUCUCCGCCGCUACCUACAGCCAACUUCACUCAUCACCACAGUGGCCUGCCCCAUGGCCCUGGACCAGGAGGAGGAGGAGGAGGAGGAGGUGGUGGUGGCAGUAGUGGUGGUGGGGGUGCUAGUGCUGGGGGUGGAGGAGGAGGAGGAGGAGGAAGUAAUAGUAUUGGAGGAGGAGGAGGAAGGAGAAAAGAAGAGGAGGAAGAAGGAGAGGAAGGGGUGGGAAGAGGAACAGUGGGGGACAGUGGAGGAACUGGUGGGAACAAUGGCUGCAGCAGAAAUAGUGCCUCCAAUAGUCAGUCAGGUCUCAGUGCACCCAAUCAAUGUGGUUCAGUUCUUGGUAAUUCUGGCCAAACACGCUCCAAAUCUCUGGAAUUAAAUCAGCAACGCUCAACCGAAUCUGAUAAAGACGCGCCUCUAGUCACGUCUGCAAGACACAGGCAUCAUGGAGGGAAGCUAAAACUCUUGCAACGAAGCCAUGCCAUGCGCGAAGACACAUCACCACCACCAGAGAUUCUGGAGCCUGCACCCCCCUCACCCCACUGUAACAGCCACUCGAGCAGUGGGGGAAGCAAUACCCUCACUGUGACCUCGGGUGGUGGCAACAGGAGGCGACUGAAGCAUCAGGGUUCCUCACAGGGGUCCUUUGAUGGGUCCUCGCCCUGUUUGUCGCGAGCAAACAUGUGGCCCAAAAUACAAGCAGUAGGCUUAUAUUUGCUUCAUCCAGAUGCAUUGUUGUUCCAGCAUUUCCUCAACCUUACAAUCAAAAACCCUGAUCUCCUCAAUCCCCAGGGCUUCAUCCUGAAUACACCAGUGCGAACGCACCACAAGUUUCCUCCAAUGUCAUCAUACCAGCGAAUGCUUGUUCACCGGUGUGCUGCAUUUUUUGGACUUGAGCAUAAUGUAGACCAAGCUGGAACUGCUGUCAUAGUCAACAAAACGCGGAACACACGCCUUCCUGAGACGCGGUUCAGAGACCACUGCCGUGAUGAUCUCUUAGUGCCAGAUGAGCCUAAGAGGUCCAUACUUAAAAGAGACUCAUCAUCCUUUGAUGAUGGGUCUAACUAUAAGUCCCUAGAUAGACAGUACAGCUCAGAGUCCAGGCGGAGCAAGAGCUUCGAGGAACGAGAAGAGGAGUACGAAAAAGUAAGGAAGCGAAUAUUCAGUCAGGAGUCUUUGUCAUCAGCUGAUGGUCUAGGAGAUUCACCUGUCAGAGGUCAUGAUUCAAGAAGAAACUCCCAAGAUGACUCACGGUGGCAUGACUCACGACACUGGAAUUUUAUAGAUUCAGAAAUCUCACAUCGAAAACAUCAUUAUGACAAUCAUAGAUUAAGGCCAGGCAGAUUACCAAAGGUGGAGUCAUUCGAGAGCAGAGAUACACUCCAUCCAAGAUCACUAAGACCACCUGUUUUUAAGUCACACAGCUUUGGGGGAUAUAGUGGUGGUGUUACUGUUUUAUCCAGAGGAGAAUCGGUUUCGAGUAAUAUAUCAUCUUCUAGAUUAAGUAAACAGGACUCAACCAGUAGCCGUUUAAGUGACCAGAGCAGCAGUUCCGGGUAUAAAACACAAAGGCAAGACACCAGUUCCACCAACGUGUCGAACACCCUCUCCACCACGCCUUCCCCAACUACUAGUCAGCAUCAGCACACUUCCAGUGGUCAGAAUGCGGGUAUGUGGGGAGGUGAAGGUGAUGGUCAGGCAGUAAUGUGGGCAGUAACAGAUAUGGAAGCUGUGCCAGCUGGUGCAAUGCUUAUAAACCCACAGAGUGGACAGCCGUACAUGAACUCUGAUGGAUCUGUCUAUCGAUUUGAUCCAAACAACGCACAAUAGUCUAGUGUAUUGCCAGCAGUUUCAGCAAUCGGAAUACUAGAAAAGGAGACAUCAGUAGAAAAGGAAGCAACAGGCUCUUUAGGGGGAAGUUUAGGAGUAACGCAACAAUCGGCCGUCUCCCCUGCUUCCUCCCAUGACCUUCCUCCUUCAACGUCGUCAAGCGUUUGUAGUCCACCGAGUAAACAGCCAAGUCAUCAGCAGAGCUCACCAGAACCUCCUCAACACAGUGUGGUCACUUGUGUAACAUCUACAAGUGGAGAAGUAAGAGAGUCAGAAACUAACAGUGAUACAGGUAAUGGAAAUACGGGUGAAGUCAUCCAGCAACCUCCUCAGAUGAUCUAUCCACAGUAUUAUCAACAUUCACAGCUAGAUGCAAGAACAUUCUCGCAGGAGGGCGGCGUGAAUGAAGUGACCAGUAACCUCCGAGCCCUGUGUUUAAGUGGUCCAAACAGCGGGGGUGAGAGCAACAGUGACAUCACAACAAUUCAGAUGUCAGCGGCCCCAGUCCACCAGAGUUAUGUUGUUCCUCGACAGUACUCGCAGCCUGUGUACUACAUGCCAGCAGGAAGUAUGGGGAACAUGAGUGGAUCCCUAAAGUAUGUGUACCCCCAGUACCAGAUGGCUCCGGUACAGGCAACUCCAACAGGAGUACAGGCAGCGACAGGAGUACAGUCAGCGAAUUUACAGCAGGUCCAAGCUAUUCCUGCUGUCCCAGCUGUGCCAGCUGUGCCAGGGGGUAUUAGUGCAGCACCAGCACCCCCAGCUGGGCACCAUGCUACACUGGAGCACAACCAUGUCAUACCUCCAGGUGGAGGAUAUGUCCCAGGAGGCUACACAGUUGUCACUUACCCAGCAGGAGGUAGUGUUGGAACUGGCGCCAACGGACAGGAGACAGGAGGCACGACAUACUACUACCAGCUCCCUGCAGCAGCUGCAGCUGGCCUCAGUGGUCCCAUCCCAGCUGCACAGCCGGUUCCAACAAGUCUACAGCAAUAUACUCUAACGCCAACUACUUCUAGCUCGUAUCCACAGAUGGGUAGCAGCAUGGGGUACUACACAGCAAGCGGCAUGCCAGGCGGUGGUGUAUACCAGACAGUGGGGGGCAUGCAAGGUAUGUCUGCAGGGAUGUAUGGGACCCCACAAGGCCCCACGGCAGCGGGUCACACUGCUACUGUCUCCUACAGGGCACCAACACCCCCACAGACACCUAGUACACAGGGCAUGAGUAUGAACCUGGGGUAUGUGAGUGGCGGCAGUGGGGGGGCCGGGGUCGCCCCAGGGGGGGAGUGGGUGGGCAGUAUAUGGCAAUGGUUCCCCCCCAGCAGCCCCCCACCCCCACGUCCCACGCUCCUCCCCAGCUCUUCACAACCUUCUUUAGGCCGUCUGUGCAGAUGAUGGGUGGAUCUGCUGGAACACCUCCCCCUCAGCCUGUCUUACAGUUUGGCGGAGGAGGUGCCCCACCAACAGGUCCCACAGGAGCAGUCACCCCUCACCCUCCUGUCUUUGCCAAACCUUACAUAGGUCCUACUGUGCAUACCAUUAUGCCUGGA